AUGGCAGAAUCACCGCGACAGCCUGGCGGCUUUAUUCCUCCACAAGGCGGACUCCCUUCGCCGGCUCCAUCUUCAGCCUCUUCACGGGCAGCAUCAAAUCUGCCGCAUCCGAGAAACAGUGCAUUGCGGCCCGGAUCAAACAAGGAGGACAUGGUGAGGAGAUUUGUAGAUGAAAAGCUGCUCUACGUCUCGCGUCGAUACGUCAAAAAGUUUGGAAACCCGAAUCCUGGGGACACGGUGGUUGGGUUUCGGACCUUUGGGGAGGUGUGCCGGGAGCUUGAUGAGAUUGUGAAUGUCUUGUGGAAAUCAGGGACUCCGAGCUUGCAGAUACCGUUUCUGCUCAAGUUGGCCAGUGACUUUACUCAGUACGUCCGGUCAUUCCCGCCAUCGUCCAAAGCGUCGUUUGACCUGCUGCACAAACUGGACCACUGCUUCGCCAGCCUGCUCUCCGGCCAGGACACUGAGACGAAUGAGACGCUUCCGGGAUUUGAAAACGGGCUACGAGCGGGCAUGACGACUACCGACAUGGUGCGGUGCCGGAGUCUUGUAGAGCAGACGAGGGUGCUCAUGGUGGAAGUCAUGAGCAGUGGCGAGCAAGAGGAAGAAGAGGAGGAUGACGAAGAGGAUGAAGAUGACGGCGACGAAACAGAAGGGGGGGAAAGCUACGAUGCUGGUGGUCCGUCUUGGGACAUUGAUGAGGAUGAGCUACAUCUGGACGCUGCGCGGAUCUACGAGAAUACGAUUGUGCAUCUGGGGAAGAGGCUUGGGGACUCGCUGGGGAACAGCGUCGACAGCGGCGAUGCUGCCAUGUCAAGUACGAGCAUGACCUGA